UACCGAUUGCAGAAUGUCGCUAAUCGCCGGAAUGACAUUAUUUCUCUUUGGGAUGCUGUGCACCGUGACGGUGGCGAUUCCAGUUUCUCAGAACGGCGCCGGUCUCGGUGCUGCUCUCAACAGUCUGGCGAACAGUGUGGUUGUCGUCCACGAUGAGUCUGAUACUCCGAGCAAUAGAACGCUGAAAACGGGCAAUGUUUCUGAGCUACAUUUACAAUCGGCAAACGCCAUCAGUCCGGUGGCACAUAUUUGGGUCAACCCGGAAGGAAAAAAUGUUGUUGCUGAAACGCAAAAGACGGUGUACUCCAACGAAACUGAUGCCGCGGGUGUUGUGAAGCUGACUGUUGUGUUAGUGGCCAGCAGUUCGAACGUAACGGUUGCAGAUGAUGAUGAUGAGGAAGAUCACGAGGACACCACUGCCGAAACGGAGUAUGAGUCAACCACCGGAUCGGAGACGGAAGUGUUUACCACCGUCGCUACUACGCAGGUGCCAAAAAACACCACCUCUGUCACGGUGAUCACCGUGAUCCACAGCGAUCAGGCCGAUCAAGAAAAGGAGGAGAAAAUUAAGGAAAACAUCAAGGAAGUGGAAGCAAUGCCUGUGAUUCUGACGGGGGGAGUGUAGCAAAAUAAAGGCACCAUUUUUACGUUUCAUCCGCUCCCAAC